CUCGUCACUGGAUUCUAGCCUGAGAGGCGGGGGAGGCGGGAGUUUGAGCGAGGCGAGGUCUGGCCGGGAGCUGACCUGGAGCUGAGCGAGUCCUGAGGCCCGGAGGAGCGAUAUCCUGAGAGAAGAUGGGAAAGGGAUGCAAGGUUGUGGUUUGUGGAUUAUUAUCUGUGGGGAAAACGGCAAUUCUGGAGCAGCUCCUUUAUGGGAAUCAUACUAUUGGGAUGGAAGAUUGUGAAACAGUGGAAGAUGUGUAUAUGGCUUCUGUGGAAACUGACCGCGGAGUAAAGGAGCAGUUACAUCUCUACGACACCAGAGGCCUACAGCAAGGUGUUGAGUUGCCAAAGCAUUAUUUUUCAUUUGCUGACGGCUUUGUCCUUGUGUACAGUGUGAAUAACCUUGAAUCUUUUCAAAGAGUGGAGCUUCUGAAGAAAGAAAUCGACAAAUUCAAAGACAAAAAAGAGGUUGCAAUUGUUGUAUUAGGAAACAAAACUGACCUUUCUGAGCAGAGACAAGUGGAUGCUGAAGUGGCACAGCAGUGGGCAAAGAGCGAGAAAGUGCGGCUGUGGGAGGUAACUGUUACGGACCGGAAAACUCUGAUAGAGCCGUUCACUUUGUUAGCCAGUAAACUUUCCCAACCCCAGAGCAAAUCAAGCUUCCCCCUGCCUGGGAGGAAAAACAAAGGAAACUCUAGCUCUGAAAACUAAAAAUCAGCAAUUACACAACUGUUUGAGAGUGACUGCCUGUAACUGAAUACUGAAUAAGCUUAAUUUUUAAAGUAGGCCAUUUGUAUCUAGUUUUGGCCUUUAAAGAAGCCCCUAAGUAAUUUAAUGCACUCCAGGUAAUAAUUAAAUUAGGAAAUUAUUAUACUAGUAAGCUUGUUACUGCUUGGUACACAGUAUAUUCUCAUUCUCUCUUGAAGCUCGUCCCCGAAAUUGGCAUUUGUCAUUUAUGUUGCAGUUGUCAAAAUAGCAAAAUAAAAUUUGAUUACUAUUCAAAUGCACCCUUUGUAACCCCAUGUUUCAGAAGCUAUCAUAUUCUGUAUAAAUGUACGUAAACUUUUUAGCUCAAGCAUGUUUUAGAAGUUCAUUAAUCAUUUAAUGUCUAAGAUUAUGAAACAAUAAUUUUCAUGUAACCAAGUAGGACUAGUAUCAAUGAACAGUUUGGGUACUACAUAAUUUUUAUCUCAUGGAGAUCUCAAUGAAUUAAGACAGAACUGGGAGUAAUUUCAUUUAACAUGCAAUAGUAGGCAGUGGAAAUAGGUUUAUCAUACCCAGAGGCCUCUUUGUUCUUCACCUCCAGCAUGUUGAUAAACAAAAGAGGGUCUUCUUUAAGAAUGACCUAGCACUUAAGGACAGUGAAGCUUCCAUGUCAUAGAAGGAAUACCGUGUCUUUCCAGAUGCCUAGUCAGGUGCAGUAAAAUAUAUGAUACAAUACUCGGCAAACUGUGAUUCUCUGACGAUUUGGCAAGACCUGAGCAAUGUGGUUCAUUUUACUUAGUAUGUAGAUGGCAUUAUACGUAAAGAGGAUGUAAGCCACUUGACUUCAACUUGAGUUAAUAUGAAGUAAGCUGUUCAGCAAAGUAUACACUGAAACAUCAAGUAAACUAACGUUUUAAAUGGUGUACUUUUUUUUUUGGUACUGGGGAUCGAACCCAGGCGGAACCACUGAGCUAAAUCCCCGGCCCUAAAGGAGUAGUCUAAAGAUUAGUUUGCUCACAUUAGUGAAACUAAACAAUAAUUCUUAUAAAUAAGCUGUUGUAAUUUAAUAAACUCAUAGUUGGCUUUAUUCCUCCUGAAUGCAAAGUAGACCUGUGUGAGUAUCCGUAGAGUUACCAUACCCUUGUAAAAAGCUGUAGUGAAUGUAUGUGUGCUUAGGGGCUGCCUGGAGGUCCGCUUGUGGAAAUUGCUCUCUGGGUGAGUGAAACCACCCAGAAUUCUGGCAGAAUAUUCAUGGCAGAAUCCAUUUCUUAUAUACUUUCUCCUGCAGCAUCUACAAGUUAGAAAAUGCUUUUUAAAAGAUGCAGUGGUGAUCCUAGCCCUCGGAUCCAGAGUCCAUUUCUGGACAUUUAUUUAUUCAAUAAAUUAAAAAGAUACAGUAGUUUGUGUUUGCAACAUAGAUGGGUUGGAUUUAACCUUUUCAAGACAUCUCCUGAUGUACUGUUGUAUAAAGUACCAGUCUUAAAGGUAAAUUGUAUUUCAUUAUUUUAAGGGAAAAAUCUGGAAACUACAACCAAAAGGAAAGUAAAUGAACAAAGAAGUGUCAGCUGAUUGUUUUUAAUAUGGUUUAUUAGCACAGUAACAAAUGCAGACGUAAGAAGUCUACAACAUAUAACCAAUCCACUGAGUGACUCCUAUUCCACGCCUUACAGUUAACAGCUUAAGGUAUUUCACUACAGGCUCUCCCAAGUCCUGAUUCAAACCUUUAAAGUAAAUUCCAUAUAAAA